AAGAUUUUGUUGUUGUUGGGGACAGCCCCAAACUUAAGUCGCGUCUGCUAAGAGCAUCUGCUAAAUUUCAAACGUAAAUGUAAGGUGACUGGUCAUGUUAUUACGUUAGGUCAUAUUGUUAUUACGUUGUGAUAGAGUUGUGGUUGCCACAACUGUUUUUGGGCCAGGAACAAUAAGCCCUCCUUUUUGGGGGACUGCUUACGAAAUGCUGCCUGGUCGUGGAAACUGUGUUUAAAUACUGUAGGCAUAUUUGACCCGUCUUUAAAAAAAAAAAAAAAAAAGAAUAAACGUUUAACCUUGUUUUCAAAGUUGUUAAAGGAGGAAGCCUGCGCCAUUGUUGCAGUCUGAAUGUUGCAUAGACUGUAAUGUAGCAUGUUUAAUGUACCCGCUGGCUCAAGGGUUGAAAUGCAUGUGCUAGCCGAUGUUCGUUCAGACGAUAGUGAUUCGUCAAAAGACAGGUAAAUAGAGGCUGUCCAGGCUGAAAAUGUUGGCUCACAUUACACUGAAAUACAAGAACAUUACCAUCAAAGAUGAAGUUGCAUUGAAUCGAAUUAAUCAGAUCUUACCAUUCGUUUGUUGUGCUGUGUAUUUAAAUAUGGUCUAUUAAACAUUUUCCCUUGUCUUCCAAUAGUUGUAUUAGUCUGUGAUUCAAGGUCUACGUUAAGAUUGAAGACAACAGGGAUGGUGCCAUUGUUAUAAUUCAAAACUCCUAAGAAUCCAGAGUGGUGGCCCUUAUUCCAGUGAGAUGAUAGAUCUACCAAUCAUUUUGGUGUUUCUAAACAUUCAGCUCACUAGUGCAUGUGGUAGAGCAGAGUACAGAACAGGUGUUGAAUGCUGUCCUAUGUGUUCUCCAGGAAACCGGGUACAUAAACACUGUACAGAAUUUACAAGUACUUCCUGUGUCCCCUGUACCGACUCCACUUUCCUUGAUGAACCCAAUGGUCUUACGGCAUGCAUACUGUGUACAAAUUGUGACCCUGGCUUUGGUUUGACGGUAAAGCAGUCAUGUAGACCUUCAUCAGACACGGUCUGUGGGACACUGGAGGGGUUCUACUGUCAUGACCCAACUAAGGAUGGUUGUAGAGCAGCCCAGAGACACAGCAGCUGUAAACCUGGUCAAUACAUCAGUCACACAGGAACAACAUCUACUGAUACUGUGUGUUCUGACUGUACUGGUGACACCUAUUCAAAUGGAUCAUUUACAUCCUGCCAGUCAUACACACAAUGUGAUACCUUGAAGCUUCAGCAAAUUAAAUCUGGAACUCAUUGGUCCGACUCUGAAUGUGGACCACAGACCUCCCUUCCCAUAGCAAUAAUAUCUGCUGUGGUGGUGGUUCUAGCUGUGAUAGCAGGAGUGAUUGGAGUAUCUAUUUUUAUAAGAAAGGGAAGAAAAAAACUAUCUGAGACACAAAGGCCAACAGAUGUACAUAAAGGCCUACAAACACCUAUAGAGGAAUCAGACACUGAGGGAGCAACGCUGUUUGUGGGAACAAGAACAGAUUCAUGCCCCUAGGACAUUCUUUACAACAAUCCAGUUUGAGGUUCAUUGGCCUGAGACGUAGUAGGGUCCAACUUCUGUCC